GCAAAGAUGAUGAAAAUGUCAAAUUUAACGAAGCAUGCUCAAUACACUUCAAAGGCUCUUCAGCAUUCCAUUCGAUCCAUAUCUUCCUCCGAUUCUCUUUUCAUCAAUUCGACCUCUAGUCAGCUGUCAUCACGCAAACCAGACUUAGGUCAACUAUCAUCUCAUGACAUCGUAGGACCACCUUCUCCAACAUCCAAUCUAAGGCCUGUAGAAUACGCACCUUUAUUUUCAACCAGUACCAUCUUCCCCGAAGCAAGUGCAUCCGCCACUCCAUCCUCGGGUUCGAGGUCAUCACAUCCCUACUCAUUAAAUGAAUUUAACACCCAAUCUACUCCCUUACCUCCCUCCCUUACCGAACUGAGGAAUAAACUCCAUUUAGAAGACCUCGAAUGGAUUACCUUUCGUAAACGGAUCGAUAAGAUGAAUGAAACCUUCUGGGCUCAUCAGUCAACUGACUUUGAAACAUUAGAAGAAGCUGAAAAACAACGUGUACUACUACUAGCCUCGAUCGAAAGCUCUGGUCUCGGUUCACCUUCCUCUGCCGAUCAACAACAACUCAUAAGUUCUGCUUUAGACAAAUUUUAUAAAUCAUGGCUCUUGAAUGAACAAGCUCGGUUUAAAGCAUACAACUUGACUUGGUGGAAAGCUCAACCUGAACUCUUACGUGGUAGUUGGAGAGCUCAAAAACGAGUUUGGAGAUGGAAAUUAGCUUGUUGGCUUCAUACUUGGCGUUUCUUUCAGCCCUAGCGCUUGGGAAUCUUGAGUGUGUUUGUUUGAUCCCAACCGAAUUCAUGUCGAUUGGCUGCUAGAACUUGUAUGAUCUUAUUUCACUCACAAAAGUUAUGCCAACUUGAUAAUAAUUGUAUUUGUAAAAUUCACCAUGAUCAAACGUCUUCACCUCGAGCCAAGCAGCUUGGAUUGAAUGGCUGUGUGGCUGUGAUGAUGCACAUUUCUUCACUUUGAGUGAACCCACCCAUUCGGACCUAGCACAAGCUCGAGAACAUCGGUUCUAUCUUGCCACAAGGAUGUUGCGUGAAUGAAGAAGCCCUAACAUCAAAAGAUUUAUGUACUUCUUGCGGUCGAGUCCAUCAGCAAUUAUGAGCCUGAACUUUUGACUUGCAAUGACAAUGGAUAUCUCAAAGUCAUCAUAUCAUGUAUCAUAUCACAAUCAAACCACCAUUCUAAAUCAGUCACUUUUUCUGUUCCACCUUUUUUCGUUACUAAUUUCAACUACAUUGUUUCAUCUAUCUCGUUCGUUGAAAAGGAUUUCAUGUUCUCUUGCAUAUCAGGUGAUGCAUCAAUUGUCCCCAGAUGAACU